AUGUUGACCGAGCUGACCGCAUGGCCCUGGAGCGUUUUCGUUGCGAUUGUCCUCGCUAUCUAUGAUAACCAUUGCGGACGGCGAGCCCCCGAAGCAUACCCACAAGUCCUGGAGCCCAUUCGACGCUAUGACCUCUACUGCAGGUGGCUCCAGAACGUGGUUAGCCUGAUGAAUCACCACGAGUUUAUGGCGAUGCUAAUUGGCUUGACACUGAGUGUGGUUCUGGGGUUUCUCAUGGACCCUGCCCAUUCUGUCUUGGCCUACAAAAGGCCCGGGGUCCAGAUCGUGACAGAUGUCAUCCUUGUGUUGCAUUGGAUAUAUUCCUUGGUUUCGUUGUUCUUGGAAGGGGAAAUCUUCAUCAUCCUUGUGGGGCUUAUCUCGAGGAACGAGACAGUCGAGACAGCGCAGGAAUGGAAGCAGAACAAGCAUGAUGUGGCACGCGAGACUUCCAAGGGGAACAACAUCCACGUCGAGAGUCUGCCAGACUCGGACGAUUACAACGAGCUAUUGGACAACGGAGAAUUCGUCCACUCCCAGAGACAAACUCCUUUGACAAAGGCUGCCCGACGAACUGUUUCAACUUCUGGUGUGAGCCACGAUGGGACGGCCAAGCAAAGGGGGACUUCUGAGCCUGGGAUUUGCGCAUCCGGCAUGAAUCUUACACCAAGAUGCAAAGGCUUGAGACCGGCCAUUCUGGACAGCGUCUUUAGGUUUGCCGAUCGCGACGAGAUGGGCCUCAAGCCGUUGUCCGACAGCACACCGAAAGCGGCGGCAGAGAUGAAGAAGUAUGUUGGCUUAUUGCUUGUUUAUGUCCCGAUCCUUAGCCAGAUUCUGGCCUGGCCUACUUACUUCGUUGCCGGGCGAUACCUAGGGCAGCAGGACAUGUACGAUGCCAAGUUUCACUUCAUCUACGAGUAUCAGCUUGGAUACGUGUUUCUUGCUGUUUGGCUGGUUGGGAUGACCCGAACUACUAUCACUAUCCUGGCCAAUGGCGCCAGGGCCCCUGCGCGGGUGAAUCGGCCGGACCAGCACGUCUACAAGAUCAUGGCCAACUCGGGCCCUUUGAAGGACGCACCUUACGUUCUCAUGGCGAACACAGGGGCAGUUGGACGUUUCAACCGUGCGCAGCGGUCGAUGUACAACACAGAUGAAUCCUUGCCCAUGUACCUGAUGUGCACUAUGCUGGCUGCCAGCGUCUUCGGACCGAUCGUCCUGUUGCCACUGCUUUUGACAGCUUAUGGCAGGAUUACAUUUGCGCGCCUAUACAUCGAGUCACUCACGGCUCGUGGUGCUGGCUUCCUGCCUUCCAUGAUCGGCGAGAAGUGGACAGAGGGCCUGGUUCUUCUCUGUGCCAUCAAGGGUAUCUUCUUCAAGCCGGCCAAGACGCAGGAGGUCUCCUCCAGAAAAUCCUCGGCAGACAAGGAUAUCGUGCCGGAGGAGGACAAAAAUGCGUUGCGGAGAAUGCAUUUCGAGAGCCUCGUCAACUUCGUGGCUUUCAAUCGCAAAGACCCUCAGCGUGUCUUCCUACCGGCAGGCGCGCCGCACAGGUUUUGCGGCACGAGGGGCCUGAACUAA